AUGGAGUUUGGGUGGCGGAUCGUGCUGGGCUCCCUGAUCGGGAUCUUCGGCGCGGCUUCUGGGAGCGUCGGCGGCGUCGGCGGUGGCGGCAUCUUCCUGCCGAUGCUGGCAUUGAUCAUCGGGUUUGAUCCCAAGUCGUCGGCUGCCAUGUCCAAGUGCAUGAUCAUGGGUACAUGUGUCUCAACGGUGUACUACAAUCUCAAGCUGAGGCACCCAAGUUUGGACAUACCGCUGAUCGACUACGACCUCGCCAUGCUCAUCCAGCCUAUGCUUAUGCUUGGGGUCAGCAUCGGUGUCAUUUUCAAUGUUGUUUUCCCGGACUGGCUGGUAACGGCUCUCCUGAUAAUUCUUUUCCUAGCCACGUCAAUGAAGGCCUUCUUAAAGGGCGUUGAAACAUGGAAGAAAGAGACCAUAAAGAAAAGAGUUGCGGCACAAAGAUUGGAGCAAAUGUGUCAGGAACCAGAGCAUGCAACAGCAAUCCCUACGGGACCAGGUGACUCAGUCGGUGCCAAAAAUCCGUCAGCUGAGAAGUCAUCACUCCUGAAGAAUGUUUACUGGAAGGAGUUCAGUCUCCUUGCAUUUGUGUGGUUGGCAUUCCUUGCACUUCAGAUUGCAAAUAAGUACAGUGUUCACUGCUCCACUCUAUACUGGGUCUUGAAUUCUCUCCAGAUCCCAGUGGCAGUAGGAGUGACCAUGUAUGAAGCACAUGGUUUGAUGACCGGGAAGAAGGUGUUAUCAUCGAAGGGAAGCCAACAAAAUGUUGAAAAACCUCGCCAGCUCUUUGUAUACUGUCUAUCAGGUAUUGUUGCAGGACUUGUCGGGGGUCUGCUAGGUGCUGGAGGAGGCUUCAUUAUAGGGCCGUUGUUCCUGGAGCUGGGUAUCCCUCCCCAGGUUUCAAGUGCUACAGCCACAUUUGCAAUGAUGUUCUCGUCUUCCAUGUCGGUCGUUGAGUUCUACAUCUUGCACCGGUUCCCGGUGCCUUAUGCUGCUUAUUUCAUCGCUGUUGCAUUCAUGGCUGCCAUCAUCGGCCAGCACUAUGUGAGUAAGUUGAUCAGAUGGUUAGGGCGUGCGUCACUCAUCAUCUUCAUCUUGGCUUCCAUGAUCUUCAUCAGCGCAAUCUCUCUGGGUGGAGUAGGCAUCUCAAAUAUAAUUCACAAGAUUGAAUCUAAUCAGUACAUGGGUUUUGAAAGCAUUUGCAACAAAUUUAAUGCUCGUGACACUCCCACUGAAAUUGGCCUAAGAGCAAAGGCAAUAGUUACGUCGGCGUGCGGGCAGCUCCCGCUCCAGCUCAGCAGAGCAGCCGAGCUCCUGGUGGUGGGCCCCAUGACAGUUUGA